CGCACUAGGCCAGGCCAGGCCAGUAGUGGCCAGUGGCACCAUCUGGCGCUGACGCCAAGUGAAGUCCAAAUUCAACACGCAAGUCAAUAACGUUGAAAUUUUUUCCCUCAUUCUCCUCCUCUUUCCACUCCCCACUGUCACUGUCACUGUCACUCUCUCUCAAAGCCAAGGAUUGAUUGUUUUUAAGUUUUUGAGUGCUCCUCUUAUGGAAGAUCUGCCCCAUACCCACCAUCCCACCCACCUUCUAAAGUAAACCUUUCCGCCCUCUCUCACCCUUUCCCCCUGAUUUUUCCUUCUGGGUUUCUCGGCUACCAAACAAAACAAAAAUGGAUGAGGAGUACUGCUACUGGAAGAAGAGUGGCCAAAUCCCGGCGUUCGGAAACUGGGAACACGCCAACGAUCUGCCCAUCACCCAGUACUUCGAGUGCGCCAGGCAGGCCGGCUUGCAGCCCCGCCCCGCCCCCGCCCUCGCCGCCGAUCUCCACGCCAAGCCUUCCCUAAAGACAAGCAGCGGCGGCGGCGACAAGCAGAAGCAAGUGAGGAAGAAGGUGGUGGUGGUCGGGCCUGACUACGUGACGGCACCGCCAAGCAAGCAGCUUUUUGAGCACCGCCCGAAGCACAGCAGCCUCCAGGGUCAAAAUCGCCGGCAGCGUCAGGUCACCGCCACCGCCACUCUGGUUAAACCCGUCGACGAAGAUCUUUACAAAAUUCCGCCGGAGCUCCUCCGCGCUUCCAAGCGGAAGAGGAGACUGGGGCUGUUUUCAAGGUGCUUGGUGCCAGCUUGUAUGGUGUGAAGUAAACGCCAUGGGCUCAUCUUGACAAGAAGAUGGCAUGUGAUCGAAUUAGGAGGAACAGUAGUGUCAAGAUGAAUGAUGCAAAGGGGGAGGAGAAGAGAAGCCAUUAAUUAGAUGAAUUGAAAUUAAACUCUCUGUCUGUCUGUCUAGAAAGCUUCAAUCUUUGGCAAAUCUGUUGAGCAGAUAUAUCCAACAGGGAAGACAUUAGAAUUUACAAGGCUCUACUACCAUGUUCUUGUUUUUGUUUGUUGAUGGGGUUGUUGUGAUUUCCAUUGUUUUUGUUGUCCUUUUUGUUGUCGUAAAUAGAAAGAUAGGUCACAAUUUUUAUUAAGUUUCAA